GGUUGCUUCGACGAUGUUUAUGAGAUAACAGGAGAAGUUUCUCAGAAGAUAAGAGACUCACUUGAAUUUCCACAAACUGGACCAAUUGGUUGCAACAAGUUCGACUCAGAUGAAAAGAUAUACUAUGUCGACCUUAACGCUGCAUACAUGAGGUUUGUCCAAUAUAUUCCGACUGGAAUUCCAAACGAAGAUGGUGAGUUCCCGGGAAGGAACUAUACAGUUGGAAAAGUCAUACAACAACUGUAUGAUAUUAGGAAAGCUUCAAACCCCAAACUUGCAAUGACACUCAAAUUGCUUAUGAAUUCGACAUGGGGAUAUUCCAUUAAGAAACCUCAAGAGAUGAAGAGUAAACAUUAUGAGAAGGUCGACAACUUUGUUGAAGGGUUUUCUCCUUUUGUUUUGAAGUACGAAUUCACUCAAGGUCAAAGUGGCUUAGUAACCACAUUAAAACCUAUUGUCGAACAUUGGUCUUACCCUCAGUUCGCAAAGGCAGUCCUUGACAACUACAAUGAGUUCUUCUCCGAAGUCAAAUCCAAAGUCAAGGUUUACUAUGAGAACAUUGACGCACUCAUGACGAACGAAGAAGGCUAUAACAAACUCAUUGAAAUGGGAAUGGUCGGUGAAAAGAUGGGUCAAUUCAAAUUGGACAAAAUUUUCACCGAAGUUCAUGUCCUCUCCAAGCGUAAGUACUGGGGUGUUAAAGAAGAUGGUGAAAUAGUUAAACAUUGCAUGAAAUAA